ACAGUGCACAUCGGUGAAAAAAAGGAACAAAUUCUUACAAAACUAAAACAAAUUUUAAAAUAAUAAAAUCAGUGAGUCCAAAUGUAAAUAUUGUGAGAUGCCUCCUAAAAAGAAGUGCGCAAAGACACAUGAUGAUUAUGAUGUGAUACAGCUGCCUGGCGAAAUAAAAGGCGGAGGUUGCAGGACCACAUCGUCCACAGCGGAACUAGGACGUCGGCAAAUGCCAGGUGGAAAACAGGCGAUUGCCACGGCUACCGGUACCCCGGAAUCCUAUGCAAGGUCCAGACGUUGCGGUUCAACAAGAAGCUCUGUUAAGGAAAACUCGGUUUCGGGCCGUUCCUGUACCCAAAAACCCUCGGAUAGUUAUGCCAGGCCAGCUUCAUCUGCAAUGUCCACCUCAUCGAGGCGCUCAAGCUCAAGACUUGGCAGCUUAGCAAGAAACUCGAAAUAUAUUAAUCAAAAUUCGACUAAGGGAGAACCCUUAGAAGAUUUUGUCAGGCCAGAUUCACCUGCAAUGUCCACCUCAACGAGACGCUCAGGCUUAAAACGUUGUGGUUCAGCAAGGAACUUGGUUAAUAAUAAAGGAAAUUCAGUAACUGGACGUACCGGUACCCCGGAACCCUCGAAAAAUUUCGCCAAGACAGUUUCGCCAGCAGAGUCCACCUCAUCGAGGCUUUCAAGAUCAAAACGUAGCGGCACAGCAAGAAAUUUGUAUAACAAAGGAAAUUCGGUUAAAGGACGUGCGGGUACCCUAGAACCCUCGGAAAAUUAUGCCAAGCCGCAAGCUUCACCUGCCCAGUCGAAAUCAUCGAUACGUUCAGGGGCUAUACGUAGCGGUGCAGUAAGAAAUCAGAACAAUUCGGGUAAGUGCCGCAUUACGGAAACUAUUACCCCAGAUCUCUCAGGCAACUAUGCCUGGCAAUAUUCAAGAGCUUUGCAAGAUCCUACACAUGAUGGAGUCAAUAAAAUCGAUGGAUCGUACCCGGCUUCACCUUCAAAGUCUACCUCAUCGAGGCGUUCAAGACGUUGCGGUUCAGUAAGAAACGUGGCUAGCAAAAAAAAAUCAGUUAAGGGGCGUACCGGUACCCCGGAACCCACGGAAAAUUAUGCCAAGUCGAUUUCAUCGAUACGUUCGGGUUCUAUACGUGGCGGUUCGGCAAGCAGCUUAAAUAACAAAGUAAAUAGACGUACCGGCACCCCAGAGCCCUCGCAAAAUUUUGCCAAGCCAGCUUCACCUGAGAUGUCCACCAAGUCUAAACGUUUGGGUUCAAAGCGUUGCAGUUCGGCAAGAAACUUAGGUAAUGAAAAUUCGACUAGGGGACGCACGCGUACUCCAGAACCCUCGGAAAAUUACGCCAAGAAAGUUUUGCCUGCAAAGUCCACCUCAUCAAGAAUUUCAAGUCCAAAACGUAGGGGCUCAGCAAGGAAUUUGGGUACUAAAGAAAAUUCGCUAAGGGGACGUACCGGCACCCCAGAGCCCUCGGAAAAUUAUGCCAAGCCGUCUUCACCUGCGAAGUCCAUUUCUUCGAUGCGUUCAGGUUCAAUAAGUAGCGGUAGAACAAAAAACUUGGAUUUUUUUAAAGAAAAUUCGACUAGGGGACGUACCGGUACCCCAGAGCCCUCAGAAAAUUUUGCGCAGCGAGCUUCACCUGCACAGUCCACCCUAGCAAUACGUUCCGGUUUUAGACGUUGCGGCUCAUCAAAAAACUUGGAUUAUUGUAAGGAAAAUUCGACUAGGGGACGUACCGGUACCCCGGGGCCCUCAGAAAAUUUUGCGCAGCGAGCUUCACCUGCACAGUCCACCCUAGCAAUACGUUCCGGUUCUAGACGUUGCGGCUCAUCAAAAAACUUGGAUUAUAGUAAGGAAAAUUCGACUAGGGGACGUACCGGUACCCCAGAGCCCUCAGAAAAUUUUGCGCAGCGAGCUUCACCUGCACAGUCCACCCUAGCAAUACGUUCCGGUUCUAGACGUUGCGGCUCAUCAAAAAACUUGGAUUAUAGUAAUGAAAAUUCGACUAGGGGACGUACCGGUACCCCAGAGCCCUCAGAAAAUUUUGCGCAGCGAGCUUCACCUGCACAGUCCACCCUAUCAAUACCUUCCGGUUCUAGACGUUGCGGCUCAUCAAAAAACUUGGAUUAUUGUAUGGAAAAUUCGACUAGGGGACGUACCGGUACCCCGGGGCCCUCAGAAAAUUUUGCACAGCGAGCUUCACCUGCACAGUCCACCCUAUCAAUACGCUCCGGUUCUAGAGAUUGCGGCUCAUCAAAAAACUUGGAUUAUUGUAAGGAAAAUUCGACUAGGGGACGUACCGGUACCCCGGGGCCCUCAGAAAAUUUUGCGCAGCGAGCUUCACCUGCACAGUCCACCCUAGCAAUACGUUCCGGUUCUAGACGUUGCGGCUCAUCAAAAAACUUGGAUUAUAGUAAGGAAAAUUUGACUAGGGGACAUACAGGUACCCCCGAACUCUCGGAAAAUUAUGCCACACCAGCUGCACUCACAAGGUCCACCUCAUCCAGGCUUUCAGGUUCAAAAAGAACCUCGGAUAAUAAAGAAAACUUGUUUAAAGGACGUUCCGCAAACGCUGGUACCCUUGAGCCCUCGGACGAUUGGGAUCAGAACACUCAGAAACAUGGAACGACUGGCUCAACCAAUACAUCGCUUCUAAGAGCAAAAACCCAUGAAAUCAUUUCACCAAAGAGAGCCAAGCCCAAUAAAGAAAUAAAGAAAUUGGAGGAUCAGUCAGAUGAAAAAAGUGUACCCUUCGUAAGGGUGGCACAGGAGAUAACAAGUUGGAGCAUAAAUCCUCAGAACAGUUUUCCGACGGAGAAAAAGAAUAUGCCCUUCAUUGAAACGCAAAAUGCGAUCCCAAAGAAUAGCAUGGACGGAAACUAUCAGGAUCCGGAGAAUCAUUCAGGGAUGAUCAAAAAGUCAAGUCAAGGUACAGUCGGCACAGUCCCAAAUUAUCAUCCGGCGGAGCAGAAUACUCCGGGCUACUCUAUGACCUUCACGAAGGUUGCACAGGAGAUAAUAUCGGGUAUACAUUCCGAGAGCAUUUUUCCGACGGACGAAAAUAAAAGGGAUCAGAGUUCGAAGAAUACCUUAAUAAGGGUGGACAAGUCAUGUCAGAAUAGAGACAAUACAGUCUGGAAUAAUCAUCAAGAGUAUCCCCAUAACUCGGCCUUCAACUCUCAAAUCAAAUCGCAACCCUUUUCUAUGGGCAAUAACACCGGUGCGAAUAUGGCGGUAAUGGGGGGUAAGCCUGGCACUAGCGUUAUAAGACAGGAACAACCUCAUCCAAAUACAGCCCCAAUUACCCAAAAUGCCAUAUAUGAACCUUUGAAUUUAUUGAAACAUAAUAUUCCUAAUAACGCUACUCUCCAAAUAAAUCCUGCAUUUAAAGACAGUAAUUUUGCUAACUUUCCAGAACGGAUUCCCAGAUUUGUCUUUGAUGGCAAUACUAUAAAUAAUACCUUCAAUCAAUAUGAAAAUAACUUAUUAGGUAACGGAUAUAAUGACGAAGAACAAAAGAACAGACGAAUUGAUGCUGAUCUGGCCCUGAUUUUCGAAGGUCUCGAUUCACAGUCCUUCCAAGAAGAAACCUCAGUAGAGGGGAAUAAUCAAGAACAACUUUCAGUUGACGCCAAAGCAAAUUUAGACGAAGUGGAUGCACGUCUUCAGGCAGAACUGGACGCUCUUCCCAUGGUGGAGAUUGAGGCUGAGACUGAGCCCCCAAAAACUGAGGCUGCUGUUAGGAUUCCUCAGAACACAGUUUAUCCAAUGCAGAGUCAGCAAUUCCAUCCUCCACGCCCUGUAGCACCCAUUAACCAGAUGGCUUACUAUAAUUCCAUGCAGGCUGCAAGGCCCACCGGCUUUCCAAUGGUUAAUCCCGUGGCCACCACCUCGCAUCGCACACUGGCCCAGGUUCCGAUAGUCACGCGACUGAAGGGUGCCCAGGGUCAGGAUAUCUCGGUCAAGUAUACGACCGGACCCGAUGGACUCAUCACAAAUGUGCAGAUGGACCCGCCUCCGAUGGGCUCGGAUCAGUCGAAGGGAAUGGCAAAGAGCUUUACGGCCCUGGAACUCCACCAGAUACUGCAGAGUGGUCAGCCAUACUUGCCCAUGACGAGCAAUGGCUGCCCGGGAGCUAUGCUCAAGGAACCACUGAUGAUUAGGGAUGCUCCAGCAGUGUUCCCAGCCGAACAGGCGGUGGAAGACGAGGAGGUGGACUACGAGGAGAUCGGAGUGGCGGAUACCUUUGCUGCCUACUGGCCCAGCAAGCUGAAGGUGGGCCGUGCCCAUCCUGAUCCCGUGGUGGAAACGGCUACCUUGUCUUCGGUGGAACUGCCUGAUAUUACUUACCAACUGGGACUGCCCGCGAAGACCACCGAGUGCCUGAGUGCCCUGCAACUGGAGGCGGUGGUCUAUGCCUGCCAGGCCCACGAGCAGAUCCUGCCCAGCGGCGAGCGGGCGGGCUUCCUCUUGGGCGAUGGAGCCGGUGUGGGCAAGGGUCGCACCAUUGCGGGCAUCAUCUAUGACAACUACCUGAAGGGCAGGCGUCGUGCCCUUUGGAUUUCCGUGUCCAAUGACCUAAAGUUCGAUGCGGAGAGGGAUCUCUCAGACAUUGGAGCCCACGAGAAGGUACGCGUGGUGCCCAUCAGCAAGUUCAAGUACAGUCGCAUUGACUCGGAGGAAAACGAGAACUUCCGCAGGGGUGUGAUAUUCUGCACUUACACAGCUCUGAUUGGCGAAUCCCUGACUGCCAACUCCAAGUACAAGACUCGACUACGCCAGUUGGUCAACUGGCUGGGCAAGAAGUUCGAUGGAGUGAUUGUGUUCGAUGAGUGCCACAAGGCUAAGAACCUCAGUCUGAUGAACGUGGGCAAGUCCACCAAGACAGGAACCACUGUGCUGGAGCUGCAGAAGCUGCUGCCCAACGCCAGAGUAGUCUAUGCCUCGGCCACGGGAGCCAGCGAGCCCAGGAAUAUGGCCUACAUGGUGAGAUUGGGUCUCUGGGGUCCUGGGACAUCCUACCCCGAGUUCUACGAGUUUGUCAAUGCUGUCGAGAAGCGGGGCAUUGGAGCCAUGGAAAUCGUGGCCAUGGAUAUGAAGCUGAGGGGCACCUACAUAGCUCGUCAGCUGAGCUUCAAGGAUGUUAGCUUUCGCAUCGAGGAGGUGCCCAUGGCCAAGGACUUCCGCAAAAGCUACAACUUGGCGGCGGAGCUCUGGGCCGAGAUCAACAAGAAGUUCCAGAGGGCCUGCCGCCUGAUGUGCAUCGAAAACCGGGUCCAGAAGAUAAUCACCUGCCAAUUCUGGUGCGCCCACCAGCGUUUCUUCAAGAACCUGUGCAUCGCCUCCAAGGUCAACCAUGUGGUCAAGAUGACGCGCCAGGCCACGCGAAUGGGCAAGGCGGUGGUCAUCGGGCUCCAAUCCACUGGGGAAUCACGCACCCUGGAGCAUCUGGAGCGACAUCAUGGCAAGCUUAAUACUUUUGUGUCCACCUCCAAGAUGAUCAUCCAGUCGUUUGUGGAGAAACACUUCCCAGCGCCCAAGCGCGACUCCUUUCACCAUCUUCUGAACACUGGAGAGUUCGAGCCGGAAGCCCGAUCCCGACCACCAAGAGCCAAGAAGGCCAAGAUGAAUCCCGACUGGUUCGACGACGACAUGGAUGCCGAGGCGGGGGAGAGUGACAUCGAGAUGUACGAGAGCAGCUGGGGGGCAGACGAUGAGCGUACCAAAUCGGGACGAAAGCGCCGAGGUCGCCCACCCAAGGCGGACAAGGUGGAGAAGAUCACCAUGCAAGAGCGCAUUCUGCAGCACCUUUGCAAUAAUAUGCGGGCCCAGGAUAACGAUGGCGAACCCACCUACACCUUCGACAAUACCAAGCCCCAGAAGGCCAACAUCACCGAGCGGGAUGUGGAACGUUGCAUCAGCUCACGGGAACUGCUGCUGGAGAAGAUCGAGAUGCUGGGCAAGAAGAUGCCGCCCAACACUCUGGACAAACUAAUCUCGGAACUGGGGGGAACCAACCUGGUGGCCGAAAUGACAGGUCGUCGUGGCAGAGUGGUGCGAACCGAGUACGAUGGCUACAAAUAUGAGCCUCGUUGCGAGAACGACUCGUCGAUGGACUUGGUGAACUACCGGGAGAAGCAGCGCUUCAUGGAGGGCAGUAAGCACGUGGCCAUCAUCUCGGAGGCGGCCUCCAGUGGCAUUUCCCUGCAGAGCGACAAGAGGGUCUCCAACCAGAGGCGUCGGCUGCACAUCACACUGGAACUGCCGUGGAGUGCGGAUCGAGCCAUCCAGCAGUUCGGACGCACUCAUCGUUCCAAUCAGGUAAAUUCUCCCGAAUACGUAUUCGUGAUCACGGAUCUGGCAGGUGAGCGGCGUUUCGCCUCCACGGUGGCCAAAAGGCUGGAGAGCCUGGGGGCCCUGACCCAGGGAGACCGUCGGGCCACCGAUGCCCGGGAUCUCUCGCAGUUCAACAUCGACAACAGCAUCGGGCGCAGUGCCCUGGAGAGUGUGAUGCAGCAGCUGACCAGGGAGAAGCCCCUGGAUCCAUCUGAAGUACCCCAAUCCUACAAGGGGGACUUCCUCUUCGAUUGCAGUGCGUCCAUGGCCGGCGUGGGAAUGCUCAACGUUCGCGAGGAGAACAAACUGAAGGUGUUCAGCGUGGAGAAGGAUAGUAACAACAUAUCCAAGUUCCUCAACCGCAUCCUCGGCUGCCGUGUUGAAAUUCAAAAUGCCCUGUUCAAAUUCUUCCUGGACAAGAUGUACUCGCUGAUCAUGCAAAUGAAGCGCACGGGACGCUUCGAUCUGGGCAUCCUCGACCUGGAUGCCCACGGGGCCAGUGUGAAAUCUAUCAAGCGGGUGAAAUUCAUUAGGAAGCAUGCCACAGGAACUGCGGCCACUGAGCUGCACACUGUGACCGUGGAACGGGGCAUGUCCUUUGAAACAGCCCUCGCCAAAUACCGAAAGGAGGGCCAGCACGAGCACGAUGGCUUCUACGUUCUCCAGCAAUUGCGGCACAACAAGAACUCCUCCAUUUUGUGCCUGCAGGCUCAGUCGAAUUCCUCGGAUGCAACGUCCGGAAAGAUAAAUCUACAAAUCUAUCGACCCAACACUGGUCCCCAAGUGCGUUUGGAGACGCUCAGCUCGAUUUCAUCGCGCUAUGUCAAGGUGGAACCGGAGAAAGCCCAGGAGUUCUGGCUGCAGCAGUACGACUUUUGCUUGAACAAGUGCUCCCAUGUCUACUGGAGUCGGAUCUGCCCGUAUCCGACGAGCUGCGAGGUGGGACUGCGGGUGCGCACCUAUCACGUGCUUUCCGGCCUGAUGCUGCCCAUUUGGGACCGGAUCGAGCUGAUCAUCGAGAAGAGCAACCAGAAGAUCCAGAUCAUACGCGUGAAGACCGAUGUGAACACCAAGAUUGUGGGCACGGUGGUGCCGCAUGCCGUCUACGACGCCCUGGUGGCCGAUUUGUCCUCGGACUCCAUCAUGGAGGUGGAGGACCAUUAAAAUGACACCGCCCCUGUAAUAUUUACGGUUCAACGCACAAUCGCCGCAGUAGCAGCAGCAGCAGAGCGCGCUUCUAUUGCCACUUUAAAAAUAUCAACUCGAAUUGUGGCGCUCAAAGCAAUACAUGUGUGGCGUAAGCUUUCGCUUUUUCCAAAUGCCAGGCACGCUCCACCAGCGCCAGCACCGAGGAGGAUAUGCCCCACCAUCCAGGAGGAGCAGCCCGCCGAGGUUCCCGGCCAUAAACAAUGGCCACAAAAGCACAUGCGGCAAGACACUUACAGCUCGUCUGCGUGCGUAUGUGAUUCAUAUGUAUUGUCUGCAGUGCUGCGGGGUCUGCCACACAAACACUGAGAAAAAUAAAUGCACACUAACUAAA